CAUUCGCAGGGAGACGCGUGCACCUUGGCUAAAGUUUAAAAACUUGUUCAGCAGAACCUAAUCAUUCUGUUCUUAAGUCUGUCGGAGAACACGUUUUAGUCCGCUGAUAAUAAAACCGCGCGAUGGCAACUGUUUUUUUUGGAACUGUCGUGCACACGAAGUCGUUCAGCGAGUUCGAGUCCUUCGAAAGUGGAUUCCUGGUAGUAGACGACUGUGGCAAGAUAAUAGGAGUGGGUCAAGACUACCAGGCGUGGGCAAGCAACAAUCCGACCCAGGCCAAGGGUCUGAUCGAGGUCAAGCUGUCGGAAUAUCAGUUUCUUAUGCCAGGUUUCGUCGACUGUCACAUCCACGCGCCGCAGUUUGCUCAACUGGGAUUGGGACUAGACAUGCCGCUUCUCGACUGGCUGAACACGUAUACUUUCCCACUGGAGGCGAAGUUUUCCAAUCAGCAACACGCCCAGCAGGUCUACCAGGGUGUGGUCCAAGCAACACUUCGAUGCGGAACCACGCUGGCGUCCUAUUUCGCCACCAACCACUUGGAGUCAACGCUAACCUUGGCGCGGGAGGCGGUGCGUCAAGGCCAGCGGGCACUGGUAGGCAAGGUCUGCUCAAACUGCAACAGCCCCGACUACUACGUGGAGACAGCAGAAGAGGCGGUCAAUGCAACUGUGGCUUUUGUGGACGGCGUGCGGAAGCUUGGUAGCCCAUUGGUGAUGCCGACAAUUACGCCUCGCUUUGCCCUUAGCUGCAGCAAGGAGCUGCUAAUGGGUCUGGGCGAUGUAGCGAAGCGAUUUGACCUGCAUAUCCAGAGUCACAUCAGCGAAAACCUGGCAGAGAUCGAGGUAGUAAAGGGGAUAUUUAAGACCAGUUACGCCGAAGCAUACGACGAUGCUGGACUGCUAACGAACAAGACGGUAAUGGCUCACGGUGUGCAUCUGGAGGACGACGAGGUGUCACUUCUUAAAAUCCGCGGGUGCUCGGUGGCCCACUGUCCCGCUUCGAACACUAUGAUAAGCUCGGGUCUGUGCGAUGUUCAAAGACUUGUGAGCGCCGGCUUGAACGUAGGUCUCGGCACAGACGUUUCGGGGGGAAACUCCGUCUCGAUUCAGGACGCCUUGCUGCGCGCAUUAGAUGUGUCAAAACACCUGGACUUUUUCAAAAAGCAAAACAUCCGCGGAACGGGGGUGGCCAAAACACAAGAUCCGAACUACAUUCCGUUAAAGUACAAGCAGGCACUCUAUUUGGCCACUCUGGGUGGCGCCAAAGCGCUGUCCCUGGAUCAGUUGACCGGAAACUUCGUCCUAGGAAAGGAGUUCGAUGCCUUGUUGGUGGAUGUCAGCAUCGUCGAAAAACCCUUGCGGAGGCUAAGCGUCGAUGAGCUGGUGGAGAAGUUUAUCUACACAGGCAGUGAUCGCAAUAUUGUUGAGGUUUUCGUGGCCGGCAAGCGUAUUAAACGGGGAUAGAAGAGAGCUAUUUAACCUUUAACAGUGGAAUUUCUCAAGAAAAAGUAUAGAGAAUUUAUUUUUAUAGUGGUAAACAUUAAAUGCUGAAAUGGAAUUUUCAGAUAAUCUCCAAUAUACUUAUUUAUGUACACAGCUAAAAAGUAAAAGCAAAUUUAUCUUUA